AUGGACUCUGUUUGCUCGGACAGCUCGCCUAACUUCCUCGAUCAUGUUCACUGCUCCGUCUGCUAUCGCAGCUUCGUCACCAGCUCCAAUGAGGCCUUUGCGUUCGACGAAGCGCAAAAUGGCGCCUCGAUUGCAUUCUGGAUGGCCGAGUGCGAGCAUGUACUCUGCCAAAGAGAGCUCGAUGUCGGCAUUGAUCCGACAUCCAACGAAAUUCAGGCAAUAUGUCCAACUUGCGCACAACCUGUUCGCAUGUUGAGACUGGUUGACGGUCACGUGCCGCAUGCGGUACGGCGCUUCUUGCAGCCCUUUGAGGUAUCCACGAACGAGCUAAUGUCUGCAUACCAGUUUCAGUUCAAGCAUAUGUCGGAUCUAAUCACCUUCUUGAAGGAGAAGACGGCCAAGCAUAAGAAGGUGCUUGAGUCCGUCAGUGCCGAGCUGGCAUACCUUCGCAGGAACGAACGAGAGCUUGAUGAGGUCAGGACAGAAAACCGCGCUUUGAAGGAGAGGCUUGCUGCAUUGCAAAGACACAUGUCUUCCAACUCCGGCACUCACGAUGUCAACCAGCAGAUGAAUUCACAAAGAAGCACUGGCUACAUCUCAGACAGAACAGGAACAUUUGUGCAGCCUUUACAACAAUUCGCUCUCAGGCAGGAGGACAUGAAUCGACGUCAACAUCAGCCGGCGCACGUGUCGAGCACGCAAGCGUACCCCAACGAGGGCUUGACUGACCGAGGAAUACAGAUGCCAAAUGUACCAUCUCGUCCAUCAACGAGCUCUUCAUGCCCCUUUGCGUUUCAGCUGCCUCCCCAACCAUUUCGGGAAAAGGUUCCAAAGAUGCACGAAUGGACGUCCGCAAAUCCAGAACGAUACAAACACCAACCUGCGGUACCACUUGUCCGACCGACACCGACACGCGUGGAUCCAGUCUCGGCAAGAAACAUGGCAGGCCCUGCACGAACUCAUCAUCAGCAGCAUCCGUCUCAAGGCUCACCGAUGUAUAAACGCUCAGUCGCAGCAGGCAGAAGCAUGCAGCCGAACGCUCCGCGCUCUCGCUCUGUUCAGCCACUGAUAAAGACUGAGACUCAGCGUCCACAUUAUGCUCCACCAAACUCGUGGCUCACACCAGCUGGGUCCUCCAGGCAAGAGAACGGUCCUGCAGCAAGACCGUCCGAGCAAUCUGGAACGUUACACGUACACAAAGACGAUGUCAAGGCCAUGAAAAAGGAGUCGAUGCUUGGUGACUGA